AUGGAUAAAUUGAAUGACACCCCUGGUACCGAUUCCCAACCCAAGGUUAAGCCGUCCUUCGUCGAAGAGUUCAGGCUAUCCAGCUUUGACGCGAACAAUAACCAAGAGCAACUCAUACUUGAGGUAGAACGCCUGUUGAAGGAUAAGGAUAUGGACGUCAAUGACGUGGAUGAGAAUGGCAUGGAUGCGUUGAUGUGGAGUAUUGGAACCGAGAGCAUUGAGCUGGUUAACCUCCUUCUGAGGAAAGGAGCUGAUCCUACUAGAGCUUGUAAAUACGGAUGGACAGCUGCUAGCAUGGCCCUUGGAAUACAGUGCCAGGAAAUUCUGGAAAGGCUGAUCACGGCUGAUAAGUCCAAUCUUGAGUGGAAAAACGACGAGGGGCGAAGUCUAUUAUUACAUGCCGUGUAUUUAAAGUACACAUAUGAGGCGGAGUUGUUAUUGGAACAUGGAGCCGAUAUAUAUUCCAAGGAUAAGUAUGGGAAGACAGCGUUUGACUUGGCAGAAGGAAAUGAGAAGAUGCUGAAACUUCUUAACAAGCAUAAAGGGGACAAGGGAAUCUGA